AUGCUCCCCAUCCAAGUCACUGUCGUCUUCAUCGCCAUCUAUGUGCUCGAGUCCCUGGCAAUAAUUGUGCAGAGUAGCUUAAUUGUUGCGGUGCUGGGCAGAGAGUGGGUUCAGGUGAAAAGGAUGUCACCUGUGGAAAUGAUUCUCAUCAGCCUAGGCUCCUGCCGCUUCUGUCUACAGUGGUCCUCGGUGCUGUACAAUUUUUGCUCCUAUUUCAACCCUGACUGGGUGUUUUGGUACAUAGGGAUCAUCUGGGAAUUUACCAACACACUUUCCUUCUGGUUAACCAGCUUGCUUGCCGUUGUCUACUGUGUCAAAAUCGCUUCCUUCACUCACCCCAUCUUCUUCUGGCUGAGAUGGAGAAUUUUGAGGUUGGUUCCCUGGCUGUUGCUGGGCUCUCUGCUGACUUCUUGUGUGACAAUCAUCUUUUCAGCUAUUAGGAAUUACAUCACUGUGAAGUUAAUGUCCGUGAAGCAUUUCCCUAGAAAUAAUACUGUGACAGAGAGACUUCAGACUGUUCUACAGAAUUUUCUGAUAUCUCAGCAGAUGGUUGUGUUGACUAUUCCUUUUCUCCUGUUUGUGGCAUCCACCAUCGUGCUCAUAUCCUCAUUGUUCCAGCACUUGGGGCAAAUGCAACAGCACAGCUCUGGCCAUGGCAACUCGAGCAUGAAAGCUCAGUCCACUGCCCUGAGGUCUCUCGCCGUCUUCCUCGUCUUCUUUAUCUCUUACUUUCUGACCAUACUCGUCUCCGCCAGAGACAGCCUAUUUGAGAAGACAACCUGGUUCUGGGUGUGGCAAAUUAUCAUCUAUGCUGUAGUUUCUAUUCAUUCCACUUCACUAAUGUUGAGCAACCCUAAAUUGAAAAAGGUUUUAAAGGUAAGAUGCUGGGGCCAGAGGAUGUCUGAGGCACCAGGUACAAGACCCCCUGGGCAAAUGGGAGUUUGCAUUUAG